GGACAGGUUUCCAAUGUGACAUCUGGAAUAUCAACGUCGGAGGAAACAUCACGUCGGGGAAAACUUUUAUUUCAUUCAGUUGUCAAAUUCGGAGCGCGUGCGUUCUUUUCAUCAUUCUCGAAAUUGACGGAAAUUUACCGAAAACGAUAUCCCAUCGCGCGACACACGUUUGAAUCUUUUGCGUUUUUGUUUGUGAUAUUCCGUGCGCUACUCGGGACGGGACGCAAAGCGUGCUCGGCAUAAGAAUCGUUGGGUGUUUUAGAAAUUAGGCGGCGCGUCUCGCGCGACCGACACCCUGCAACUGCGAAGAACUUCGCGGUUCGUGCGCGUGUAUGCUGCGGAGCGCCCCGUGGACAGACGGCUCCGGCAGUUUCCACGUCUGAUUGUGAGUUGGUUGGAUUGCGCCUCGCCUGGACACGCAGCGUGUGCGGGAUCAGUUUGAGGUUAAACCAGGAUCGACGCGGCUCGGGCUGUGUUGUGUUGUGAAAUUUUGUGCGAAAAGGGGGCUCGAGUGGUGAAAAAAGUCAUCUCGUAAUGACUUCAGCCGCCGACCAGGAAGCGAUUCUGCGGGGACAUGAGAUUCCGGCCAUCUUCCGGCUUUGGGAGGAGAAGUACUCGCAGCCAGGAUAUGAUCCAGUCCCAGUGCUCAAAAGACUUUCAGAGAUCUUCGAAGCAGAAACGGAAAUUUACAUGCGAAAAGAUCGCGAUCCUUUCGAUGAGCGACACCCAUCACGGACAGACCCUGACUGUGAAUUUGGCAGAUCUCUGAAACUGCUUUUCCGUAAAGAUCAUUUUAUGAAUAGACUGGUCAACGAUUAUCUACGUGACAAUUUCUUUUCACGGCAAAAUAUCCAGAAAAGUUCCUUAGAAUUAAACAUAGCAGCAUGCCGUCUGAUUCUUGUCAUUAUGCCAGGACUCGAUACGUCGGCAGUAUUUCAAGUUGAAUACGAUAGUUUAAUAAAUCGCCUCUUUAACUGGGCCAUGGAUUCGGUAGAACCACUACAAAGUUAUGCAACGGGGCUGCUCGCUGCCGCCAUGGAAGUGCAAGAUGUUGCGGUCACUUUCCGGGACCUCAAUUUCCGUUUGGUUCCAAAGAUGCUUAAGCGGCUGAAAAUGUUGCAACGGAUAUAUAAAAAUAAACUAAAUAUUGAUCCCUCUGAGAUUCUCUCGCAUCCCAUGGACGGUGUUGUGAGUUUUGAAAAUACCCCGGAGAAUACAGAAAGCAGUCCUGCUGGGACAGUCAAUGAGAAAAAUAUUCCAACCUCCGAAAGACCUUUUGCCCAUUUGGGAGGCGGGUCGGUUCCGAACAGUCCUGAACAGGCGAACGGGAACAACUUAAACGGGCUGUCGAAAUUCGGAAAUACUACCAACUUAUCAACGCUACUAGAAAAUGAUGCGAGUCAGAACACUUCAGAUGUCGCAAAGUACACAAGAAAUUUUUAUAUUCCAAUUUAUCCGCCCACAACAGCAACGAGUCAGAUGCUGAUAUUACGAUACUUGACGUCGAUGGGCGAGUAUCAGGAGUUCCUAGGCCAAGUGUUCGAAAACAAUGCCAUGUCAUUGAUCUUUGGCUACAUUGAAAAUUUAGAUGCAAAGGACACUUGUCUCGCGUUUGAAGCUCUGAAAUAUCUGGCCUCAUUGUUAUGCCAUAAGAAGUUUGCAUUGGAAUUUAUAGCCCGUGGAGGCUUGGAGAGAUUACUCAAAGUGCCACACCCCAGCGUCGCGGCCACAGGAGUCUCGAUCACCCUUUAUUAUUUAGCCUAUUGUGAGGACGCCAUGGAGAGGAUAUGCGCGAUGCCGCCCGAAAUCAUCACGGAGCUCAUCAAAUACGCGCUGUGGUUACUAGGUUGUUCCCAUGAUUCAGGGCGGUGUCACGCCACCAUGUUCUUUGGCUUGUGCUUCCAGUUCAAAGUAAUAUUGGAUGAAUUCGACAAGCAAGAUGGCCUACGACAAUUGUACAACGUGAUAUCGGUGCUGCCCAUCCUCGCAGAUUACGAAGACCCACCCGUGCUGAAUGACGACGAAGAAUGUGCGGCAAAGCAACUUGUCCGUCAUGUUUGUGUUUCUCUCAAAAAAUAUAUGGAAAGUCAUUUAUAUUUCAAGUACACACAUUUUAUGCGACAACAAUGUCCAAAUUUGGCCGCUGAACAGCCAACGUUCCGCGCCAGUAAAUGCACUUUAGAACAAAUAAGCGAACAGGUGCGAACGUUGCAAGAGAACCUCCCGCCAAAAGCUCAUUGGACACCUGUUGAACAACUGCUGCACCUGCGUGGAGUGACGCUCCUAUUGCGAAUCAUCGCGUAUUCCUAUGAAUGGAAUAAUAGUGGGAGAGCGGAAACAGUGCGGUCAGCAUUGGAUGUUUUGUCAAUUUGUUGCGUUAUACCUCGUGUCUUCACUGUCUUCUGUGAGUUGUUAGAGUUUGCAGACAAUAGCUCCUCUGCCGGUAUAAACACUAUUCUUGGUGCCGCCAUUGGAGAAAUCGUAACAGACGCGGAAGUUCAGAAGGCUGCAUUAGCUGUAUUGGUUCAUUGCAUUUGUGCGCCGACUGCAAGGCCUAUGUCGACUGCUCGCUUUGGCGCAACAAGUUCAGCUAAAAAGAAAAUCGCAAAUCGUUUUACGGAGGAGCUAGUGGAGAGAGUUUGGGAGUGCGUUUGCUCAAACAACGGAAUUAUCGUUCUUCUGCAACUGAUGCAAGUAAAAACACCGAUCACUGAUGCAGAUUGCAUUCGUGGUAUGGCUUGCCGCGCACUUGCUGGAUUGGCGCGCUCGGAACGGGUGCGGCAAAUCAUUGGAAAGCUUCCACUUUUCGCCAAUGGUCAGCUACAACAUUUAAUGCGCGAUCCUAUCCUUCAAGAGAAACGUGCCGAGCAUGUGAUCUUUCAAAAGUAUGCUCUUGAGCUGCUCGAACGGGUCUCUGGAAAAACGAAAACGAUGAACCAACAAUUGGAUGUAUCGUUGGCGAACAUUCACAAGGCCAAUGUCGUUGCACAAACCAGAAUUCAGUACAAUGAGCAACAGCUUAAUCAGUUGAUAUAUGAACAUCUACAAUCGCGAGGACUCACAGGAUCUGCAGCAGCGUUGCAAAAGGAAGCCUCCCUAAAUAUUAAUCAAAUACAACCAAAACCUGUCAUACAUCAUUCUCCGUUCAGCUACAAAGGGGGAGUAACGAAUUCAGUGUCACGAACUCGGUUGCGAACUCGAACGCAGGAACUCAACAAUAUCAUCCAUUUGACAAUGUCCACCUCUGACACCCAAACUGCUGUGAACGGCUUAUCGGAAAGCCAAUCGCCGACAACGGAAGAUCCUCCAUCCGCCACUGUCACUCCCAUAAAAUUGAUUAAAAAGUCAGCCUCCACGCAGCAGUUCAACACCACAUUAUCAAUCCAAAGCAACUCCUCGCAGCGUUCCUUGCAGAAACAAAUAUCUUCUGCAACGGAGACCGUUAUCAACGACGCACCGCCAACCCAACGCUGCAACUCUCUGACAAUUACCGAGCCUCCACCAAGUUCCCAAAGUAACGUUACACUAACAACAAUAGUCACAGAAUAUCUAACAAACCAACACGCGCUGUGCAACAACCCAAUGUCCACGUGCCCGCAGUUCGAUCUCUUCGUUCCGCACAAAUGUCCUGAUCCAAAACCCAACAAAAUCCUAGACCUUCAACUCAACCUCACAGCUCGAAUGUUCAAGGCCCAAGCAGGCUACAAUACUACGCGCCUGGAUCGGAGGUUCGUGCACACGCAAUUCUGCCCGACGCGGACCAUUCGACCACAAGACUACAACGAAAUACAGUUUACGUGCUGUGAUCUCCUGCCGUGCAAUAACCUCGUUUUAGCUGGAACGUACCAUGGCGAGGCGAAAGUCUAUAACAUCAGCGAGGGUACAGAGGAGUUUUCUUCGCAAUGUCACGAUUCAUUCAUGGACAGUGUAAAGUGUAAUAGAGAAGGAACGUUGGCGUUGACUUCAUGCUUCUGGCGCCCACCGCUGUCUGUAUUGUGGUCAAUUGAUAAAAAGGAGUUUGUGAGCAAAUUGCAAUUCGCUGAGGACUUCUAUUGCGAAUUCAGUAAUGUGACGCAAGACAAAAUCCUCGGGACAAAACAAGAGGCUGCGACUAUUUACGAUCUACACACAGGUCAGAAAAUAUCAACUUUUGUGCCGAAAAUUUCCAACCAAUACACCAAAAAUAAAGCCACAUUCUGUCCAACAGACGAACUCAUCCUUUCAGACGGUGUCCUCUGGGACGUUCGGGCCGGCAAGGAGAUUCAUAAAUUCGAUAAGCUAAACCAAACUCUAUCGGGAGUUUUUCAUCCGAAUGGAUUAGAGAUCGUCUCCAACACCGAAGUGUGGGAUCUCCGAACAUUCCAUCUUCUGCAAACGGUGCCCGUUCUCGAUCAAUGUCUGAUAAAAUUCUCCCCCAUGAAUGUGAUAUACGGGAUCAGCUUGGACCUUGACACCCGGGUGGAUUUCGAUGCAACCAACAGUUACGACUCCAGUUUCAAAGUUCUAGAUGCCUACGAUUAUUCAAGUAUAUCAACGAUUGACGUCAAGCGCAACAUAUAUGACAUUAGUAUAAACAAGUACGGGAGUCACAUUGCGUUGGUGGAGAACCAGGGAGCAUAUGAAUCGUCGCAAGAAACCUUCAUUCGAAUCUACGCUGUCGGGAUGAGAAAAAACGACGAACAAGAAGAGGAGGAUAUGGACGUUGCCGAGACAGAUGAGAACUCGGCGUCAGACUCGGACUCCAGUCACAAUCUUCCAAUUCCAGUCUUCCGAAUCGACAAUGGUGGCGAUCGACGAAGGAAUCGACGACGGCGGAAUAAUCGGCGCAAUCGCAACGAUGAAAACGGAAGCGAGAACGACGAAUGGGAGACAGUGGGAACCUCGUCAAGCAGUGAUAACGAUGAUGGCGAUAACGAGGACGGGGAAAAUGAGGAUGGCGACAGCGACGCGCAGAGCGGGAGCGAUGACGAAAAUAAUGACAACGACUCGUGGUCGAGUGAAUCAGAUAUCAUGGAUGUCGAGUUCGAGCUGUUGUGAUUGAUUUUUAAGAUUCCUACGUUUUUAAGUGUAAAUUUUUGCUUUGACAUCCUUGAUCCCGGAGAUGAAACGCGCGACACGGGGUAUCUCCUUUCAUAUUUAUUUCGUACUAAUCUAAUCUCUGUCCGUGAAGAGAAGGGGAUGAGUAUCGCAAUAUGACCUGUUAGAAACGAAAGACCCGCAUUUGUAUUUAAUUAAACAAAAUAGUGAUAUCAUAAACACGUUUCAAAUAAUCAUUUCUCCCAAGUCAUUGUCAGAAAUACCGAGGAGUGUCCGAACCAGGGACCCGAUUUGUAAACUUUUGUUAUUCUAAGAAAUCGAUAUUUUCUAGUUCGAUAUUUGUAAGUUGAAAAGGCUACAAGUAUAUAAAACUCUGCGCAUUGUUGUCGUGCUGCACGACACUUGUCCAAUUGUUCGUUUUUCUCUGAACUGAUUGUUCCUUGUCUUAGGUGGAAAUCAAUUCUUGUUAAACUAUAAUAUGCGAAUUGGGACAUGGUAAAAAUGGAGAUUUAGCGAAGGUCAAUCUCCGUUGUUACCAGUAGCAUUCGUUCUUUGUCUAUUCGUGGUAGGGCCUUCGCAGUUAGAACUUUAAGAAACCUGGAGAUACGUGAGUGACCGCCAAAGGCCAACACGAUUUCUUUUGUACAUAAAGAGUUGUAAGGAGUUUAAAUAUAUAUUUAAAGAAAAAAAAAAUUUAAUACGAAUAAAGAAGAACAUUUCUCA